GACCUUUUUUCUCUUAACAAUAGUCUCCUAACAUCUGUUUCAUAACAAUGGCAGCCAAAAUCAGGCUAAUAGUUUCAGUAAUGAUUUGUCUACUUGUUGGUGCAAUAACUCUGAGAAAUGCAGGAUGUGAGAGCAUAGCACCAAGCUCUCUGGGCAGUCAUUCCAAUUUUCUGAAGGCAUUUUAUAAGGAGAGAGGAAGAAAAACAAAGGCUUGGUGUGCUGAUGAUCCAGGGGUAUGUCCCAAUUCUGCAAAUGCUCGUGGGUAUUCAAAUGGUAACUGGGUCUGCUGCUCCAAGAGGUAUUGCAUUGAUGUAUCUUCUGACCCACUUAACUGUGGAUCAUGUGGCCAGGCUUGUGGUUAUGGGUUAGGUUGCUGUGGAGGAAAGUGCACAAACCUUUUCAAUGACAAUGCUAACUGUGGAAGUUGUUUCAAUGCUUGCCAUCAGGCGAAUUGCUCAUUUGGUAUCUGUGGAUAUGGAUAUUGAUAUGGCUAUGGCAAUUCCAAUCAUUAAGAUUAUUCAUUUCUGGGUAUCUAGCGAAUCUCUAGUAAUAUUAGAGAAUUGGUAAUUAUUUUAAAUUUAAGUUGUUUGCAGGAGAAUGAACAGAAGCCCAGAUUUUGAACA